AUGAAGGGAGCAGGCCACCAGCCGCAGCUGGAGGCCAUCGGGAAGGACCUGGAGCGGCUGACCAAGCGGCACAAGGUGACCCACAAAAAGACUGAGGAACAGAUCGACAAGCUCAUCACCGACCUCUCACGAUGCCUCGAAAAGAUGGAAGCCGCCCAGACCCAGCCCGAAGGGGCGGAUGUGGGCGUGCAGCUGGCGUUGGUGACGCUCAACCAGGCCGUGAAGCGUGCCGACCCCGCGACGAAGGUGGCCGCCGAGCAACGCGAGUACCACAAGAUCCUCGCCAAGUUCAACAAGACCAUCGAAAAGCAAUUCCCAAUGAGCAUCACCAGGGCCUAUCGAGACAUCGAAAUGGACCAGGACCUGAUGAACGGGGUGAUCGCCGAGCAUCUGUACAGGGAAGGGUUCGUGGAGACGGCGCGCAAGUUCGAGGAGGAGGCCGGUGUGGCCAUCGAGCCGGAGCUCAAGCCGGCCCUCCAGGAGCUACACACCAUCCUCCGCGCCAUCCGCCAACGCGACCUCCAACCGGCCAUCCUAUGGGCCGAGAAGCAUGGGAUCGUGGCGGAGGCAGGGGACAAGCCGGCGCACCUGCUGUUCGAUCUGCGGGCGAUGGAGUACCUGCACCUGCUCAAGCAGCACAAGCGGAAGGAGGCCCUCGAAUACGCGCGGACCUACUUCCCCGCACACGCCCACACCCACAUGUCAGUGAUUCAGCGGCUGAUGGGGUGUCUGGCGUUCACCGAGAGCGGGCUGGAGCGUUCGCCCUAUGCCUCCUUCUUCACUGGCACUGCCCACUGGCACUCCCUGGAGACCAUAUUGGUGAGGGAGUACUAUGGGCACCUCGGGCUGCUGGCGGACAGUCCCCUCGCCACAGUGGUGGACGAAGGCUGCAAGGUGCUGCCCAAAUUCGUGAAGCUGGCCGAGGUCAUGGAGAUGCAAGGCCGCACCCAGGAGUGGCUCAACCUGUCACAACUCAUCGUUGAUGACUCGGGGCACAAGUACCACAGCCUCUUCGUGUGCCCGGUGUCGAAGGAGCCCUGCACGCCCGAGAACCCGCCCAUGCUCCUUCUGUGCGGCCACAUCAUCUCCCACGGCUCCCUCGUCAAACUCCCCGUCCGCUCCCACACGCACCGGUUCAAGUGCCCGUACUGUCCGAUGGAGCAAAAGGUGGGCCAGGCCACUCGCGUCUAUUUCUGA